UCCUGACAAAAGAGACGCUGCAGCGCGUUUCAGAGACUGUUCAUGAGUGAAUCUGCCGCUCACAUCUGUGUGUGUUUCUGAGCAGAUGGAAUGAUUAUCAGGGCUGUUUGGUUCCUUUGAAACUUCGGUGGAGCCGAGCACGAUGAAGUGAGGGUUGGGCUGAUGAUGCUGAGACAGGCAGAAAUCAGAAGGAAGGUCAUACACCUCCUCCUCUCCUUUAUCUGCGACACACAAAUAUCACACACACUCUCCAUCGGCGUUCAGAUCAGUGAAGCUGCUGCUUGGUUUGGUUCUGUUACUGGGGUGUGUUGUCGAGGCUGGAGUCUUUGUUUCACCAUCGGUCGUGUUUCUGGGGCGCUGCUCCUCUGUUAAACCAUGUCCACGAUGGUGUACCCUCGUAAUGAGAAGCUGGAGAAGUUAUCUCAGGAGGAGAUCAUCUCCAACACUAAGCUGGUGAUUCAGGGUCUGGAGGCGCUGAAGAACGAGCACAACUCCAUCCUGCACAGCCUCCUCGAGACCAUCAAGUGCCUGAAGAAAGAUGAGGAGGCCAACGUGGUGCACGAGAAAUCCAACCUGCUCCGCAAGUCUGUGGAGAUGAUCGAGCUGGGGCUGGGCGAGGCUCAGGUGAUGAUGUCUCUGUCGAACCAUCUGAACGCCGUGGAGUCCGAGAAACAGAAGUUACGUGCUCAGGUGAGGAGACUCUGUCAGGAGAAUCAGUGGCUGCGAGAUGAACUGGCCAACACACAGCAGAAGCUGCAGAAGAGCGAACAGAACGUGGCUCAACUCGAGGAGGAGAAGAAACAUCUGGAGUUCAUGAAUCAACUCAAGAAAUACGACGAGGACGUGUCGCCAUCGGAGGAGAAAGACGGCGAAGCUCCUAAAGACUCUCUGGAUGAUCUGUUUCCUAAUGAUGAAGAGGAACACACUCAAGGCAUGCAGCACCAGCACAACAGUGCAGCCGUGGCGGCGGCUCAGCAGGGCGGGUACGAGAUCCCGGCGCGCCUCAGAACGCUUCAUAACCUGGUGAUCCAGUACGCGUCUCAGGGCCGCUACGAGGUGGCCGUGCCGCUCUGUAAACAAGCUCUGGAAGACCUGGAGAAAACCUCCGGGCAUGACCAUCCAGACGUGGCCACCAUGCUCAACAUCCUGGCACUCGUGUACAGGGAUCAGAAUAAGUAUAAAGAAGCUGCUCAUCUGUUGAAUGACGCUCUCUCUAUCAGAGAAAAGACGCUUGGUAAAGAUCAUCCGGCUGUUGCUGCCACUCUCAAUAAUCUGGCUGUGCUGUUCGGUAAGAGAGGGAAGUAUAAAGAGGCCGAACCGCUGUGUAAACGAGCUCUGGAGAUCCGAGAGAAGGUGUUGGGUAAGGAUCAUCCUGACGUGGCGAAGCAGCUGAAUAAUCUGGCUCUGUUGUGUCAGAAUCAAGGCAAGUAUGAUGAGGUGGAGUAUUAUUACUGCAGAGCGCUGGAGAUCUAUGAGCGCAGACUCGGUCCAGAUGAUCCAAAUGUCGCCAAAACCAAGAACAACCUGGCGUCCUGCUUACUCAAACAAGGCAAAUACAAAGAAGGCGAGAUUCUGUACAAGGAUAUUCUGACUCGUGCUCAUGAGAAAGAGUUUGGAUCGGUGGAUGCUGAAAACAAACCCAUCUGGAUGCACGCGGAGGAGAGAGAAGAGAUGAGCAAGGGCAAACACAGAGACACUCCCUAUGGAGAAUAUGGAGGCUGGUACAAAGCCUGCAAAGUCAACAGUCCGACUGUAAAUACGACUCUGAGGAAUCUGGGCGCUCUGUACCGCAGACAGGGGAAGAUGGAGGCAGCCGAGACACUGGAGGAAUGUGCCAUGAGAUCCAGAAAACAGGGCCUGGAUCCCGUGCAUCAGUCUCGUGUUGUGGAGAUCCUGAAGGAGGGAGACGGCGAGCGGCGCCGCAGUAGAGACAGUCUGUCCAGUGUAAAGUACGAGAGCGGUUCUGAGGCCGGUGAUGAAGUGAGUAUGCCCAUAGAGUGGAGCGGGGCAUAAACCUUCUCUUCCUCCUCAGACAGGAAGGAGCGUGUUGUUUGUUUCCCUGCAAAUUCAUCCUCUGCCAUUCCGGGUGUCUGGGAAAAGAACUUUCCUUUAAAACUCCAACCGUUCACAGACUGCUGUCGAGACGAGCCUCGAUUCUCCUCAUAACCCUUUCCUGCCCAAUUCAAAGCCCUGUUCUCUUUCUCUCGGUGCACAUGACACUCUUCUCUCUCUUCACCUGAUUCAUGUUUUUCCUGUUCAUCUCUGAUGAUCUGAUCACAAACGUCCUGUCACAGUAGUGUUUGCUGUCUUCAUGGUGACCUCACUGAUGAUGUCAUAACGUUCAUACUUGACCUCCAUCUGUGCUUUAGUAUUCGAUUGGCUUCCAGUGUUGAAUCACUGUUGCCGUUUUGAAAGUAUUUCAGCAAAACCAUGAUAUUUUGUGUUGUGUUGUUUAAAUACAUGAUAAAUGAUGUUUUCAUGUGGCGGGAGCGCAUUUGGAACGGAGGACGAGUCUUUUAUUUUGUGCUCCAGAGUGAAAUUUAUGUUUACAGUAUUUGCCAUUAACGCUUGCUGUGGGUUUUGAAGCAUUAGUUAGCAGUGGCCGUAUUCUGAUUACGUGAAUAUUAAUCAUUAUUAUAUAACUAAAGUGAACUGUAAUCUCGUACCGCAGCGUUGUACGCACACUCUCUUUCCUUAAGUGUGUGUGUUAAAGUGACUCUCACAGUAGAAACUAUUGAAUGAAUCCACAUGUUAAUAUUUCAUUAUUGCAGAAACAAACAUGUGAAAAGGGAACAAAAGAAUUCAGUAUUUCAGACGUUUGUGAAAGUUCUCGUACACACACUCCCUCAAACUAACUAACAUAACAAGCUUUGAUUCAGAACUCGAGUUAAAUUGCAGGUUUUGUCAAAAGCUAAUGAAAUGAACAUACAUUUUCAGGUCGCAUUGCAUCUUUCUGUUCCUGUUGAGUGAUUUCAAUUUGAAUUUGCUCAAACGGAGAGAUAUUCUGAACAUUUGACACAAUCCAGUGCGUCGGCCUUACACUUACUAUUAUAUCACUGAAUGUAUUUUAUUUCAGUACAGUGCUCUUGUGAAAUGAUGUUUGUGGACAUGACAGUGUGGAGCUUCUUUUAUUUUCCCUUCUUCACUAAUGAUGAUAGUUUGAUCACCAUUCCAACACACUCUCUCUCACACAUACACACACACACACACACACACACACACACACACACACACUCGUGCACACUCGUGCGCGCGCACACACACACACACAAACACACACUCGUACACACUUGCACGCGCACACACACACACACACACUCUCACACGCACACACACUCGCACACACAAACACUCACACAAAAACACACAUGCACACACACUCAAACUCGCACACAUACACACGCACACACACUCAUACACACAAACACACACUCGCACACAAACACUCACACAAAAACACACAUGCACACACACUCAAACUCGCACACAUACACACGCACACACACUCAUACACACAAACACACUCACACAAACACACACUCGCACACACAAACACUCACACAAAAACACACAUGCACACACACUCAAACUCGCACACAUACACACGCACACACACUCAUACACACAAACACACUCACACAAACACACACUCGCACACACAAACACUCACACAAAAACACACAUGCACACACACUCAAACUCGCACACAUACACGCACACACACUCAUACACACAAACACACUCACACAAACACACACUCGCACACAAAAACACACAUGCACACACACUCAAACUCACACACAUACACACAAACACACUCACACAAACGCACACUUGUACACAAAAACACACACACACUCGUACACACACUCUCUCACACACACACACUGAAGUGAUGAUGAUGCAGUAUAAAAUGAACAAAUGUUUCUUAUGUUAUCUUAAUAACUGAUGUGUUUAAUGAAUGCUGGUUAUUUAUUGAAGCUCUUCUGUAUCUUUUAUUCAGAGCGGUUGACACACUACCAUAGUGAGUUAGUUUCUAGAUAUAUAAACAUAUUACUGAACACUCUGCAUCGUGAUGUUUGUUAAAUCAAACGUAUGGAUAUUCUCAAUAAAGCUUUCAUUUCUGAAGAUUCUCAGUGAUUAUAUUUCCAGGAUGAUCUGUGUGUACAUUGAGGUCAUGAGCUUUGAGUAUAGUUUUUAAAGAACAUGCUUGAUUAUAUUUAAACGUCACAUUAACUUUGAUUAACCAGCUGAUUAUUAAAGGAAUAUUCCAGGUUCAGUACAAGUUCAGCUCAGUCGACAGCAUUUGUGACAUAAUAUUGAUUACCAUAUAAAUUAAUUUGGACUCAUCGCUCCUUUUCUUUAAAUGUGUGUUCCAGUGAGACACUUACAAUGGAAGUCAAUGGAUCAAUUUUUAGAGGGUUUAAAGUCAGAAAUGUGAUGCUUAUAAUUUUAUAAAAGCACUUACAUUAAUUCUGUUAAAACUCAUGUAUUAUUUGAGCUGUAACUUUGCUUUAAUAAACCUUUUCACAGACUGUGAUGAAGCAUUUCCACCUUAUGUAGCAGAAUAAAUCUAGCAAACUUUUUAUAUGAUGAUUGUUUAAAUAUUGAGUGCAAGUUUAUAACAUUAUGCUUAUUGUAAUAUUGCCCUGGAAUUAGUUUUAUAACUGAAUGACCACAGCUGUGAGGGGGUUUCUGUUACAGCUGCUGAGAGAGUGACAGUAUAUUUGGCAUCUUCUCCCAUCUGCCUGUCUUAAUCCACCGCUCUCUAUUUAUUAACUCUUCUGGAAAGUCAUUCAAACAUAAUAGUGCAUUUUUAUUUUGCUCUUGGAGCAAAUUGGUAAGUGAAAUAAUAUUUGCUGUGAUCUCCCAUUCACCGCUGUCGAAGUUUACCCUGCGAACGUCCAAAACCCGAAGUGUGAAAAGGGUCUAUUGUCAUUUUUACUGUCAUUUUAGGGUUUGUUGACAUUACAUCAUCAUGGAAAUGAAGUUGUAAAAUUGUCUAUAUCUUUCCACAGAUGUGGUUAGUAAGUGAUUUUAUCACAGUUAAAUCAUGUUAACACACAUAUUGUUUAUGUCUUGUGUCUAUACUUUUGAAACAGUGAGUAUUUUAAUGUUUACAGAUUGACCCCAUUGACUUCCAUUGGAAGUGUCUCGCUGGAACACACAUUUAAAGAAAAGGAUACAUUUGUUUGGUAAUCAACAUUAUGACACAAAUUGAGCUUAACUUGUAUUGAACCUGGAAUAUUCCUUUAAGAGACAACUGAGAAAAGAAAUCUUUUGCUCCGUUACUGUUGCUAAUGGAGGACAUGUUGGUGACGUGAUUCGUCUGAUUCAGUGUGUUUUACUUCCUGUUGGAGAAAGACUGAUGAAAACUGUGACGCCCUCUUCUGGUGCACACACGAGCUUCAUUCAGGGCUGGAUCACUGUCCUGCACACUGUUGGGUGUAAUCUGAUUACACAGUAAUUAAGUACUGUAAUCUAAUUACAUUUUUAGUCAUAAAGGAGUGUAAUGCAUUACAUUUAUAAAUCUUGUAAUCAUAUUACUGUUUUUGACUUUCAAUUAAGUUACUUUGAAGUGCCUAUUUUUAAGUAAUUUUAUUCAUAUAGAAUUCAUUUAGAACAUGAAUUAUGCUCAUAUACAUCUGUUUGAAUUUCUGUGACAGCUGAAGACACGCUAACAAGUCAUUUUAAGAGAGAAAGUGUGGAAGAGUGUAUGACGUGCAUGUGACUAUGAACAGAGGAAACGCAGAUGUUAUUUUGAAUUUGUUGAAGUUUUUUAAAAAGUCACUUAAAAACGUAAUUAGUAAUGUGAUUACUUUGUCAAUGAAGUAAUCCAUAAAGGAACUUGAUUACAAUUUUAGAGAAGUAACUAGUAAUUUGUAGAAUAAUUUACCCAUCACUGGUCUUACUCCUGCUGGUCAGAUGAAGGAGAAAACCACAUUUGAAUUGAAUAAAACAUACAGAACAUGCAGUAAAUGAAUGUAUACAUGAAUCCUCAUGAACACACACUGAUAUUCAGACAGCUGUAUAAACACAAGAUUAUAUACUACUGAAUGUAAUACUUCUGUGAAUGCCUGUGUUGUCCUGGAGCUCAACGCUAGCAACAGCAAUGUCAUAAAUGUAUCCCAUUAGUAACUUGUGAUAAAAGCAUCAGCCGCAUGUAGAAACAUCAGUGGAAAACACCAGCAGAGACACUGAGAGACCAGUACAAACAGCUUCAUUCAAACUCAAAGCACAAACUGCAACAGGAAGUUCACAUGUGGGGUUUGUGCACCUGUGCAGAGACACAGUCAGAUGCCAGCAGCACCUGUGAGGAGUGUGUGUGUGUGUGUGUGUGUGUGUGUGUGUGUGUGUGUGUGUAUAAUCAGAAUGCUGGAGUGUAUUUUGAGUAAAUCAAGAUGUGACACUUUCUGUGGUGAAGAUGUUGCUGCAACAGCACGUGAAUUCACCUGAGAAUCAGUGUGUGCGAGACUGAUGAUGUAAAGAUGUGUGUGUGUGUGUUGCUGGGUGUUUAUUAAUGCUCUGUGUAUGUGUGUGU